CAGUUACACCUGUGAAACGUAAACUACCCGACUAACGAGGGCCCCACGCUGCCCUGCGCUUACACCUCUCCCGCUCGCCGCCCGCACGGACGACACGGGUUGUGCCAGGUGCUCAUCCAAGUUUGCCUUGAGACCAGGCUGUGGGCUGGCACGGCGGUCACACACCGCAGUUGAGCACGUGCCCGGUUUCCUUCUUGAAGUCAGAGGAGGAAAAAAAAGUCACUGUUUUAUGUCCAAUUUAGAGCCACUUCUGUUGGGAGGACACAGCGUUCUGGGGCUCUAGAAAACAAGAUUUAUGUCGGAGUGGGACAGUGACCGGUAAUCUCAGACAUCUGUCUCAGAGUGCACCCUAGGAGUGUGGGGACAAGUGCCAGGCCCUUUGCUGCCUUAUCAUGCACCGCAGGGCUUACUUCUUGCUGGAAAGAGACUUCCAAGAGUUGAAGGAGAACAAUUUUAAGGGUAUCACUGCCUUUCCUGUAAGUGAAGAUCUGAUGGAAUGGGGAGCUAGUAUUCAAGGUCUACAGAAUACAGUUUGGCAAGGAUCAUUCUUCCAACUGACAAUAAAUUUUACAUCGGAGUACAAUUUAGUCCCUCCAGUUGUGAAAUUCUUAACAAUUCCUUUUCAUCCAAAUGUAGACCAAAAUACUGGUCGGGCCUGUAUAGAUUUUUUGGACGACCCUGCUAAGUGGAAUACAAGCUAUACAUUGAGCAGCAUUCUAUUUACCCUCCAGGUUAUGCUUUCGAAUCCAGUGCUAGAAAAUCCAGUGAAUUUGGAAGCAGCCCAAAUGCUGAUUAAAGAUGAAUCUCUGUACAAACAAAUAGUUCUAAGAUUUUUCAACCAACCAUCACAAUUGAGAGAUGACAGGCCUGAGUCACUUAAAGAUCCAGAUAAAUUUAUCAGAUCAACUAAGGCAGUCUCAUUUAAUGAUUACUACAAGACAUGGUCUGGAAUAGCCACAUCCAAAGCCACAGAGUAUUAUAGAAGUCCAUUGCCUGAAGAUCCACAUUUUAUUGGAGAAUAUCAUAAAUGGAAGAAACUUGAAUUGAAACAUCCUAGACAAUGGAAUCUAAAGUAA